CAUUCAAAGUCCUUUCAGUAAUACUGGAGCUGUUUGAAAGCUUAGCAAAGAUAUAACGGCAUAGGCAGUGUCAAUAGUUGAAGGUAGAUGUGAUCUAUCCUGUUUUUACAUGACUAACAGGCUAUAAAUUGCAAUUCUGACACAACUGAAAUUACUCUGUGCCCAGUAUUUAUCCUUUUACGUAGCCUAUGUUUCACUGCUCAGGCAUUUUACACUAGCAUGCCUCAUACACAAUUGCUGUAUUGGUACUGAAGUAAAAACAGCUGUUCAUCUCUUGAUUUAUAAAGUAAAUUUAUACUCACCAAGACAAUUUGUACUCGAUUUUGUUGUUUUAUAAAUGAGGCAAAUUUCGCACCUGUGAAAUAAGGAUUAAGAUUUCCAGGGAGCAGUAAAGGCAGCAAUGUGCCUCUCGAGGGCUGCUGAUGCGGAUGUUACUGCUGCUGGUGAACUCAACCACAAGUUUAAAAAAAAAAGAAGUUAUUUCCGAAAAGUUUCACCUAGCUCAGGCAUGAAAGAUGACGGGCACCGUGAAAAACACACCAGAGAGUGUAGCUUUACUCGCUGCAAUUUGCUUGAUGCUUAUUACUAUUUUCACCGUGUGGAAGUUGAAACAGUUCAAAUAUAUACUGAUAAAUGAAACUGGAGGUGGAAUGUUUUAUGGUAUGCUUCUGGGAUUAAUGGUGAGAUUCCUCUUGUUUGACCGGGAAGAGAAUAUGGAGAAUAUGGAGAGUGUGUGCAGCUGUGUGGGCCUGAACAGCACUCCUCACAUCCUGACGGUCAACAUCACAUCACAUACACACUGUUACAGACAUGUUGGGCAAAUCAACCAAAGAUGCCCACCUGUCUCGACCCCUCGUACGGAGACCUUUGAUCCCCAGGUCCUUUUCAAUCUGUUCCUGCCACCCAUCAUCUUCCAUGGAGCUUACACCCUUAAUCAGAAACGAUUCAUUGACAAUCUGGGAUCUGUUCUCACAUUUGCUUUUUUUGGUACCAUAAUCACCUUUAUGAUCAUAGGGGCCUGUGUCUACGGCUUCACCAGACUGAUGGUGCUGUUGGGCCAAGCAGCAGAUGGAGACUUCCUCCUCACUGAUUGCCUCCUGUUUGGUGCCAUUAUGUCAGCCACUGACCCAGUAUCAGUCCUUGGCUUGCUGUCAGACCUGCGUGUGGACCUGGAUCUGCACACUCUGCUGUUUGGUGAGAGUGUCCUGAAUGACGCUGUGGCCAUCGUCCUGACACAUGCCAUCACCACCUAUAGCCAGAUGGGUGUAGGACACACCUUCAACCUCCCUGCCUUCCUCCUCUCUGUUGGUUAUUUUCUUGGAGUGUUUGCUGGUUCCUUCCUCUUGGGUUUCAUAUUCACAGUCAUAACAGCCCUCAUCACUAAAUUCACUCGACUGUGUGAGAAACCACUGCUGGAAACGUCGGUCUUCUUCCUGCUGUCCUGGAGCAGUUUCCUCUCAGCUGAAGCCAGUGGACUUUCAGGUAUUGUGGCGGUGCUGUUUUGCGGCUUGAGCCAGGCAAGGUACACAAUUCACAAUUUAUCCACUGAGGGCAGGAUCAGGACCAAGCAGCUCUUUGAAGUCUUCAACUUCCUGGGGGAGAUAUUCAUCUUCAGCUACAUGGGAUAUAUAUUGUUGACGUUUCCUCGCCAUGUCUUCAAAGCCCUCUUCAUUUCUGGGGCAUUUCUCUCCAUCUUUAUAUCAAGAGCAUGCAGCAUCUACCCUUUGUCUUUCCUGCUGAACCUGGGUCGCACAACCAAGAUCCCCCUCAACUUCCAGCACUUCUUGAUGUUUGCAGGUUUGAGGGGGGCUAUAGCGUUUAGCCUGGCAGUAAGAGACACAUCAACAGAAGUGAGGCGCACCAUCCUCACCACCACUCUGCUGCUGGUCGGCUUCACCAUCUGGGUGCUGGGUACGGCUGCUGAUCCCAUGCUGCGCUGUCUGGACAUCAGGAUGGGGGUGGAUGCAGAUGAAAAUCCAGAGGAUGUUUCUUUUGAGGUUGCUUCAGAGAGGCCAGACACAACACGGACCUUGUGGCACCGUCUGGACUACAAAUAUCUAAAGCCUCUGCUGACACAUUCUGGCCCUCCGCUGUCCAAUUCGCUGCCACGUUGGCGUACCAGACUCUUCAGCGGCCCCCAUGUCAAUGAGGGUAAAGAUCAGCUGUGCGAGACUGAACCAGAACCAGAUCAGAUCCCUUUUGAUUUGGAGAAAACGGCGAAUGAGCUCGUAUGUGUAGUAGGAGACUCUGGAUGUGAGCACCAGGAAGACCUGCUGGAAGGAGACCUGGGACUCGGCACUGCUCCAGCUCUCGCCAGGGAGGCCUGAAGCUCCAAGAAUCACCUCUAACCCCAGCUUAUCAGCCCCUGCCGCCCUGAGGCUGAGGCCCUCCCUCCCACAGUGAACGGGGUCACUGGCCAGGGCAUCUGAGAGGAGCCAACCGGGAGUCAGAGUUACAAUGUCUCCCAAAAGGUCACGCCCCCCCUUGAGCUGACAUGCAUGCAGAGACACAGACGGAGAAAAAAAAAAACAUUACAAAGGCCAUUGCUCUCUCUGUUUCUCUGCUGAUGAUUUUCUUUGCUUGUUUGAAGGAAUUUCAGCACUAAAAUUAACUUUAACGGCCGAAAUAGAAAAGUUACGCUUGUAUAAUUUAAGUGCCUGCUGUCUAACGCAGCCAACAGGAAGCACAGUUUGACGUAGCCCCUGUGCACAGUGUACUUUUUUUUUUUUUUUAUAAAAGCAAGCAAACAGUUCUGGUAAAACAUGUUAAGUCACAAAUUAAUUGUUAUUGAAGAAGCUUCUUGCUAGUCGGUUACAUUACGUCUUGGUCUCAAGCUUUAGGGAGAAUUGCUCAUGAACAUCUAAUGUGAUUGAAUGGCAUUUCCCUUAAUCAGCUGACAUGGUAUUUUGUUCCAACUUCUCUUCCCCAACUCCUUAUUAAAUUUUUAUUGCACUGUUUUUUUGCUACAAUUCCUUUAACUGAUUUAAAUGUAUUCCACUGAAUUUAUUGCUCUCCCAUUUCUCCCUCCAUGUCUUGCUUAUCACUAUGCUGCACUAGAAUACUUCCAAAUGCUUAAGUAUAUUAACAGCAUUUGGAAAAGAGACUAUAAGCAUGUGAGGUUUCCACUGACUUCUUUAAUUAUAGAUUGCACUUUGCUGCUCUCUGAGUGCAUCAUUAUAAAUCUCAGGGCCUUUUUCCCCUUGAGAGAAGCAGGAUGUUUGUGUACUGCACAAAUCCAAUCUGCGAAGGUUAGGCUUUGUGAAUUUGCAGACUGUUUCUCUCAUAUUAAUAAAGCCAUUGUCCUUGAAGUAAGGCUUUCCA